AUGGCAUGGAGAGCAUUCAUACGCAACGUGCUGACCCAUCCACGGCACACUCAAUGGAUCAUCCCCCUCCUUGUCCUUGGAGAUGCAGUCCUCUGCGCCCUGAUAAUCUGGAAGAUCUCCUACACCGAGAUCGACUGGUCAACCUAUAUGCAGCAGGUAUCCCUGUACAUAUCCGGCGAACGCGACUAUACCGCCAUCAAGGGCUCGACAGGUCCCCUUGUUUACCCCGCCGCGCAUGUCUACAUCUACACCUUCCUCUACCACCUUACCAAUGAAGGUCGCGAUAUCCUCCUCGGCCAGAUCCUCUUUGCCGCUCUAUACCUGGCCACCUUGAUUGUGGUUAUGGCUUGUUAUAGGCAGGUCGGAGCUCCGCCGUACCUCUUCCCGCUCCUGGUCUUGUCCAAGCGUCUUCAUAGCAUCUUCAUGCUGCGCAUGUUCAAUGAUGGCGUCGCGACUUUUGUCAUGUGGAUUGCGAUCUAUUGUUUUAUGAAGCGCAAAUGGGAUGCUGGUGUCGCGGCAUGGUCUUUUGGUAUCGGUAUCAAGAUGACCUUGGUAUUGCUCGCUCCGGCUGUUGGCAUCAUCCUGCUACUUAGCGUGGGAUUGGCGCGAAGUGUUCGGCUUGGUCUUCUGGCCGCUCUCAUCCAGGUCCUGCUCGCUUUUCCUUUCCUCCAAACCAACCCGAUUGGCUACGUUUCCAAGUCCUUUGAGCUGUCUCGGCAGUUCUUGUUUAAAUGGACGGUGAACUGGAGAUUUAUAGGCGAAGAGACUUUUCUUUCCAGAGAAUUUUCUUUGGCUUUGCUAGUAUUGCACGUCUCUCUGCUUGCUAUCUUCGCUUUCGUAUGGGUGAAACCAUCAGGAACCAACAUGUUCCGCUUCCUUCAAAACGUAAUUCGAGGUCGCCAACCAACGGAGACCCUUUCGAAAGGCUAUAUCUUGGCCUCGAUUCUGAGCUCCCUGGUCACUGGCUUACUAUGCGCAAGAUCCAUGCAUUACCAGUUCUACGCCUAUCUGGCGUGGGCCACUCCGGUCGUUCUCUGGCUUGGUCGAGUCCAUCCAGUUCUCAUCAUAAGUGGCUGGGCGAUGCAGGAGUGGGCUUGGAAUGUUUUCCCCAGUACCGACCUCAGUUCAAAGCUUGUGGUCUCCGUCCUCAUUUUGCAGGUCAUUGGUAUCUGGUUCGGGCUGAACAAAACCGAUACCGAGCGUGGGGGAGUCGCUGGGGGUAGGACAGCACGCCCACAAUAA